GCGGAUUGUUUUGUUUCAGUAGACUGUUUUGUUCCAGUGAGAUGCUUUAUAAUGAGGUCUUACUUGCAGAUGUAAUACUCCAUAGCUGCCUCUUAGUGCCUGACAAUUCAUCCAAAUUGAGAGUGGCAAGGGUUUAUAAAACUUAAUUAUGGAUUAUGGAGAUUUAACAACAUUGGAUCCCUUGUUUUCAGUCUAUGAAAAUAAUGUUACAACAGACAGUGAGGAAGACUAUUUACCACCAGACAGUGGUAUUUGUGAAAAAAGUUGGGUUCGAGAGUUCCGUGGCUCAUAUGAACCCCCUCUUUACUGGAUCAUCUUUGCAGUGGGAGCUGUAGGCAACUUACUUGUUGUGUGGAUCUACACUACUGUACGAAACCGACUUAAAACCAUGACUGAUGUCUAUUUGCUUAACCUGUCAAUAGCUGAUCUGCUCUUCCUGGGUACACUCCCAUUCUGGGCCACUGAUGCCACCCAGGGCUGGGUGUUUAGUAACAGUGUCUGCAAGGGAGUCCGUGCUGUCUACAAGAUCAAUUUCUUUGCUAGCAUGCUGUUGCUUACUUGCAUUGGCAUAGACCGUUAUAUAGCAAUUGUCCACGUAACUCAGGCACACAACUUUAAAAACAGAAGGAUGUUCUACAGCAAACUGGCCUGCCUGUUUGUGUGGCUGUUCUCCUGUCUUUUGUCUCUCCCCGAGUUUAUUUUCGCUAAGGUGACAACAAAACAGGAAAAGGAAUCCUUCUGCAGUCUGGUUUAUCCCUCUGAGGACAGAAACCUUACCAAAGUCUUAGUGUUGUCUCUGCAGAUCUCAGUAGGAUUUUGCCUACCUCUAUUGGUCAUAGUGGCAUGCUAUUCUGUGAUCAUCCGAACCUUGAUACAAGCUCGCACCUUUGAAAAACACAAAGCACUAAAGGUCAUCUUUGUUGUGGUGGCAGCAUUUGUCCUCUCUCAGUUGCCGUACAAUGGGCAUUUGGUUGUAGAGGCAACACAAGCUUAUAAUGUCACAAUGACAGAGUGUGAUGUUGUAAAGACCUUCGAUGUGGCUGGGCAGGUUGUGAAGAGUCUGGCUUACACACAUUGUUGCCUGAAUCCCAUUGUGUAUGCUUUCAUCGGGGUGCGCUUUCGGAAGGAUCUGCUUCAUCUGUGCCAGUGCUUGACCUCAGGGCAUGUAGGCAUCAACAAAGUGCAGUCAGUUCCCAAGAGGCCAUCUGUCAUGUCUGACACAGACACCACUCCAGCACUGUCUUUGUAGUCUUUUAUUAACGAGUUACCUUUUUCCAUUUAAUUUCAAUUAAAAGCUUAUCAAUUGUACACAAUGUAAAAAUGUAUUCUGUAGCAUUUUCCUUUCAGUCUCACUACUCAGAUGUCACUGUUCUUUAAAUAACAUGUUAGCAUCCUUAAAUAAAAAUAAAAAAAGUCCCGCAAGAAAUGGCCUUUUCAUUUACAACCUUGGCUAUUGUCACUGCUUGUUUAAUACUACACAUUACACUACUACUUCAUGUGUACUGUCCACUGAUAUGGAGCUUCUGAAAUCAAUUAGUGGCUCUUGGCAUGAUGAGCAAUGUAACCAAUACACUUAAUUAUUUGCUCAAUUUGCUUUGGUACAGGAAGAAUUUAAGCUUUAUGAAAAUAUAAAAAUCCAGUUCCUUUUCUUAGUAAUUGUAGUUAUGCUGCACAUAACUUUCUUUUGUUUUGAUUAUUGCAUUUAAAGUUGUCCUAUACAUAAUAAUGUAUAUUUUGUAAAUACACUUUUAUAAAUGCUUAUAAUGUUUUGUAUUUAU